GGUGGUACUGAAACCCGAGCAAAUCACAUUAUAUUUGUUCCACAUCCGAUUACACGCGCUGCCUCCUUCACAUCACCCGCAGCUGAAAACUCUAGAAACGUCUAGUACGUUCCAACUGCGUCAGCACUGCCAUUCUCAUCCCGGGAUACGCAAGAAGAUCCGGAGUGUAGUCCACAUACUAGAGGCGUUUGCAUUACUUGUUUGUGGUCAGCAUUCCUCCUUUUUUGCAGACAUUACCUUUCUUUUCACCAGACGGUUUUAUCUACGAAAAAGAAGCUCACUUCACUUCGAGACAUGCAUCCAGCAACUGCCAAGUGGUACGAUAGGAGGGACUCCGUUUUUAUAGAGUUCUGUGUAGCAGACAGCAAAGAUCUUAAAAUCAAUUUUGAUAAAACAAAGUGUGGUUUCAGUUGUCUUGGAGGAACUGACAAUGUCAAACAUGAGAAUGAAAUGGACCUUUUUGAAGCGAUCGAUGAAAAAGAAUCCAAACAUAAACGCACAGAUCGCUCAGUGUUGUUAUAUUUACGAAAGGCACAACCAGGGAAGCCAUGGCCGAGGCUAACAAAAGAGAAGGCUAAGGUGAGUUGGCUCAGUGUCGACUUCAACAACUGGAAAGACUGGGAGGACGACUCAGAUGAGGAGAUGGGCAACUUUGAUCAAUUCUCAGAUAUGAUGAACAACAUGGGAGGCGAGGAAGACCUGCCUGAUCUCGAUGGUGCAGAUGAAGACGAGUCAGCAGAUAGCGAUGAUGAGAAAAUGCCAGAUUUGGAAUAGAAGACUGUAAGACUCUAGAAAGAAAAUGGAAGAAUAGAGGGCAAGAGGAAUCAUAACAAAUGUAUAUCUUGAAAACGAAGGCAGUGACAAACAACUGUACAUAUGAGUCAGUAGCCAUAUUUAAAUCCAUAGCCUCAGCUCCAAACUCUUGGCCGAUCAGUACACUGAAGGUUGAUAUGCAUGGUAUUGUACAGAGCAGCUAUCUCCACUUCCAUUUGCUGUACUGCACCUUUUCUUGUUUUACUGUUAAAUAAGUAAGCACACACUAUUUGUUGGAAAAGCUGUGUAGUUGUCCUAAACUGAGGAAUAUGUGAUUUACAAUUUUGUUUUCAAAUUUAAUUGUGGUUAAAAAAAAUGAUUAGGCCCACCCAUUCCCAAUGUUGUGGUUUAUAAGUAAGUCGACCAGUGUAGUUUAUCUCUUGAUUUAAAAAGACACUAUGUACAUCGUAAAAAAAAUUAGAUGCAUUUACUGAUUGGGUUCCUCUAAAGCCUUCCAUGUGCCGUGAAUUAGAUAUCAAGGAAGCCAGUCUUAUGUUUCUGUGGCUUAACCUUCCAGCUUACAUGUUUCCCUUUUACUUCUUGUUUAAUGUUUGUAAAAUUGGAAUAUUCUGAAAUCAUUGCAGCAUCUUCCCAGUUUAUCACUUACUUUGGUAAUCUGAAUGGAUUCCACAUAUUUAGUAUCUUAACAGUUCCUCUCUCCAUACCCACCUAACAUGCACACUCAUGUUAGACUGCAGAAGCCAGUUGAAAUGUUUUGCAACUGAUGACGAGGCUUGAAGCUUGGUUGGGCCUCAGCAUCAUGUGGUGUGUUGCUAUUCUCCAGGUUCUUUCCGUUUGUUCACCUAUAAUGAUCCUCCCUUCUCAGCGAAGGCGUGUCAGAAGGAUACGGCGACGUGUAAUGACCAAAUUAUAUUUGCACCGUCAAUAAAAUGUAAGGGGAGCGAAAUAUUGUUGAGUUACAGUGGAAAUUCUUUUUUUAUUGUCUACAUCUUUCUAAUAAACUGUUUAAGAAUCAU